AUGCAGAUUCUUGGCCUCCAAACCGCAGCUCUUCACUCUGAUUCAUAUAAAUACGCACGCCAGGGCACCAAAGCCCCUGAUCUGUCUAAACUUGCCACAACCCUAUUCCUUUUGGCUAAACGAAGCAGGCAGGCUCACGCAGCCAAAUAUAUUCUUAAAUUCGUGGCUGGAUCUCUAACUGCCUCCCAGGACCCCGGGGGUUUGGGCGGUUCAGGAAGGCGGGUUGACUUCAAUGUUCCAAUGAAGGAUUACAAAAUAACCAACAAUCAAAGAAUCAAGGCGGCUGUUCCUACCAUCAAGCACUGCUUGGAUCAUGGAGCCAAGUCAGUGGUUUUGAUGAGUCACCUGGGUCGCCCGGAUGGUGUUCCCAUGCCUGAAAAGUUCUCCUUGGCCCCAGUAGCUGUGGAGCUUAAAGCACUCAUGGGCAGGGAGGUCUUAUUCCUGAAGGAUUGUGUUGGUCCUGAGGUGGAGAAGGCCUGUGCUAAUCCUGCAGCUGGCUCCAUCAUCCUGCUAGAGAACCUCCGAUUCCAUGUAGAAGAAGAAGGGAAAGGGAAGGAUGCUUCAGGGAACAAGAUCAAGGCUGAUUCUGCAAAAGUGGAGGCUUUCAGAGCCUCUCUUUCUAAACUGGGAGAUGUCUAUGUCAAUGAUGCUUUUGGAACUGCCCACCGAGCUCACAGCUCCAUGGUAGGUGUCAAUCUGCCUCAGAAGGCUGCUGGCUUCCUGAUGAAGAAAGAACUGGAUUAUUUUGCUAAGGCCCUAGAGAGUCCGGAGAGACCCUUCUUAGCAAUUCUUGGAGGAGCCAAAGUUCAGGAUAAGAUCCAGCUGAUCAGUAACAUGUUGGAUAAGGUCAAUGAGAUGAUCAUUGGUGGUGGAAUGGCGUUCACCUUCCUCAAAGUGAUCAAUAACAUGGAGAUUGGCAACUCUCUGUUUGAUGAAGAGGGAUCAAAAAUUGUCAAGGACCUGAUGGCCAAGGCAGAGAAGAACGGUGUGAAGAUUACUCUGCCUGUUGACUUCAUCACUGCAGACAAAUUUGAUGAGCAUGCACAGCCUGGGGAAGCCACGGUGGCUUCAGGCAUUCCUGCUGGCUGGAUGGGCUUGGACUGCGGUCCUGAAAGUGUGAAGAAGUUUGUUGAAGUUGUGGGAAGGGCCAAGCAAAUUGUGUGGAAUGGUCCGGUUGGUGUCUUUGAGUGGGACAAGUUUGCCAAAGGAACCAAAACCCUGAUGGACAAAGUGGUAGAAGUAACAGGAAAGGGCAGCAUCACCAUUAUUGGUGGUGGAGAUACAGCUACUUGCUGUGCGAAGUGGAACACUGAGGAUAAAGUUAGCCAUGUCAGCACGGGAGGUGGCGCCAGCCUGGAACUGCUAGAGGGUAAGGUUCUUCCUGGUGUGGAUGCCUUGAGCAACGUGUAGAGAACAGAGUAUCGCCCCACUUCCUGGUCCUGUGCACCCCUGAGAAUCAACACUUCAGCGCUUCUGUAUUUCAGCUCUGCAAUAGGCAGAUCACAGAAUGUAAACCGAAACUGAACAGGGUUUGAGGAGAAAACAGCAGAGAUAUUUUACGACUGCAGUUUACAUGAUGUGGAUUUGUCCACUCUUACCCCACUUGAAUUAACAUAGUGAGUUUAAACUGUUGUUGUGAAUUUAGAGUGUAUAUAUUUAUAUUUUGCCUUUUCAAAGAGAUUAAUCCCUGUUAGACAUGUCUGUUUCUCAGAAAGGAGUGCACUGUUUAGCUUCAAUGUUCUUAGCAGGCAUUUUCAUCACUUGACACGGUUCAGAAACAAGAGGGGACUCCAGUUUUUUGGAGGCUGAUUGUAAUAGCUGCUGAAUAAACAUAUUUAAAGUGCUC